GCCGUCCGAGCGGGCGGACGACAGAAGGCGAAUCCUCCAUUGCUCUAUCAGCAGAUUCUCCUUUGAUGCUCCUGUAUCAGGCUCGGAUACAUGUCGAAUCUGAUGUUCAAUGUUGCGGAGAUGGAUGCGGCCGCUCUGCUCGGAAAAGAAUGGGCAUCCCGGAAGCUCGGCUUGACUCCACGACCCCUCAAAGUUUAAAUUUCCGGCUCGGAAGUCGAGGCCUUGAGUAAGCAACCAUCAACAACCUUCUCGCGACCUGGAUUGCAUGUAUGAUCAGGAGACAAGAUCUAUAACGUGUAAUUCGCUUUCUGUCGACUCGUUCUAAGAUCUGCUCUUUGACACCAGAGACAUUCACAGCAUCAAGCACAAUAUCACGACGCCAUCAUGCCGGUCUUCGAAGAAACUGGCACAGAAUAUAGGGAUCUGAGAAUCCUACCGUCACAAGCCUUACCAUUGCCACGACUCUCGCCUAGAGUGUCAACAUCAGAGAAUGACCGCGAGGUCGUCGUUGUUGGUGCCGGUCCAAGUGGUCUCUUCCUCACCCUUUUGCUUGCCCGGUAUGGCAUCACAGGAUCUUCACUAUUGUGUUUGGACUCCAAGCCAGACACUCUGAAAGCAGGUCAAGCCGAUGGCCUGCAACCUCGCACACUUGAAGUUCUGCAGAGUCUUGGCAUAGCUUCAGAGAUCAUCGCAGAAGGAUGUCAUAUGGAAGAAGUGGCUUUCUGGAAUCCUGCUGAACCGACCGAAGGUACGAAUGGAAAUGGUCCUGUUGGAAUCAAGCGGACCAACUUCGUACCUGAUGUCAAUGUCCCGGCACGUUUUCCGUUCGAAGUGACCAUCCACCAAGGACGCAUUGAAAGGAUACUCCAGGAGAAUCUGGAUGUCUACGCGUCGAAAAACACUAUUCGAAGAUCUCAUCACUUCAUUGAUUACACGGUCGACACAGCCAACCACCCUGACUAUCCAGUCCUUGUCAACUAUGAACACGAACUCGAAGAUGGAACUCGUGUGCCAGGCUCCGUUCGUACAAAGUAUCUGGUUGGAGGUGAUGGUGCUCGCUCAAAAGUACGCAAGUCUAUGGGACUUUCGUUGGAAGGGGAGACUUCCGACCAUAUCUGGGGUGUUUGUGAUUUCGUCGCCGACACGGACUUCCCCGAUAUCCGCAACAGAUGUGCCGUUCACUCAGAAUCAGGCUCUGUGAUGGUCAUUCCAAGAGAGCAGAUUGCUACAGGGGAAUAUUUGACUCGAUUGUACGUCCAGGUUCCAGGUGAUGUUGAUGCCAAAGCAGAUCGUACUACGACACCAGGAGACGAGAAGAAGAGUUCGGACAAGAAGAAGCGUGCUGAGGUUACCUUGGAAUAUAUCUUCGGCCAGGCAAAUGCAGUGUUCGCACCGUACAAGAUCAAGAUCAGAGAGGGCACUGUCCCGGACUGGUAUGCUGCUUACCAGAUUGGACAGAGGAUGUCGCCGAAGUUCUCUUCGAGGACCGCUGAUGGUGUUGAUAGAAUCUUUAUUGUCGGAGAUGCAUGUCAUACGCACAGUCCUAAAGCCGGACAAGGCAUGAACGUCUCAAUGAUGGACUCUUUCAACCUGUCCUGGAAGCUUGCACAUUCUAUCCUUGGACUGACGCCACAUGCUUCUGAAAACGGCGCCGAUACCGUUUUGGAGACAUUUGAAGCAGAGCGUGUUGAUACUGCUCGUCAACUUAUCGAGUUUGAUGCAAAGUUCUCUCACAUGUUCUCGGGCAAGCUCAACGCUGAAACAGGAUUGACACAUGAUGAGUUUUUGAAAGUCUUCCGAGAUGGAAGUGGUUUUACAAGUGGCUGUGGACUCGAGUAUAAGCCCAGCCGACUUAUCUGGUCUCCACAAAACUCUGACGACAUGGUUGUCGCAACAGGAGACCCAAUCAAUGGCGCACUCACUGUAGGAAGAAGAUUCUUGAACGUUGAACUCAAGCGUUAUGCUGACAACACAACCCGCCAAUUGCAUGAUGAGCUUCCAUCAAACGGACGAUAUCGCUUGAUGGUACUCACAGGCUCAGACCUUCUCGAGCCGGACGAUCAGUCUCAGAAAGCAUUGGAGGCAUGUGCGACCAUCGCCGACAAACAUCCUGCCGGUUCAAUCGAUCUCGCAAUUAUACAUCCUCUAAAAGAACGCUUUGAGUGGACACAGAUCCCAUCCUGUGUCAAGAGACUGGCAGAAAUGAGAACAUACGGACUUGCAAAGACGGGGGAUGCUUACAAAAUCUACGGUAUCACGAAAGAACAGGGUGCGAUUGUCGCGAUCAGACCAGACGGAUACGUUGGCGCUCUCUGUCGCCUUUCUGCCCUCGACCUUGUUGAGAAGUACUUCCAAGGAUGUUUGAUCACGAUCUGAGCUGUUUUCGUAUGACACUUGACAAGCAAUCUACCACAUUCUUGAAAUUUUGCCAGGCAGGACUUCUGUAUUGC